AUGACCACAGCACACAGACCCACAUUUGAUCCCGCUCGCGGGAAGGAAGCACAACGAGGGCCCGCUUACCACCAAAGACUCCUUCCUGCACACAAGAAUCUCAAGUUCCGACAACCUGGACAGGGUGGAGAUGCCGAUAAGGACGUCCGUGAUCUACGAGCAGAGCUUCUGGCCGCCGAGGCCGCCCACUUCGCCAAGCAGAACGGCGGCGCGCUGCCCGACUCCAGCGAGACCGCACCAGCCUUCAGCAACACUAAGCGACCUUUGGAGUUGACUUCGCAAGCGGAUGGUGAGGAGGACUCCGAAGCAAAACGGCGGCGCAUAUUAGAGGAAACACGGGACAUAGACGCCGAUUCAGAAGAUGAUUCGGAUGAAGAAGCGGAAGGUAGUGACGACGAUAGUGACGAAGAGGACGAGCAAGCGGAGCUGCAGCGCGAGUUGGAGAAAAUCCGCCGCGAGCGGGCCGAGAAGCGCGAGAAGGAGGAAUGGGAACGCGCUGCGGUGGAACAGGAGGAACGCGAGCGCGACAUCGCUUUGGGCAACCCGCUGUUGAACAAGCAAAAUUUCAAUAUGAAGAGGCGGUGGGAUGACGAUGUGGUGUUCAAGAACCAGGCUAGGGGAACGGACGAUAAAGGAAAGAAGAAGGAGUUCAUUAAUGAUCUCUUGCGGUCUGACUUCCACAAGCGGUUCAUGAGCAAAUACGUCAGAUGA